AUUCAUUCAAUAUAUCAAUAACAUAUUUUCUCCCGUGCCUUCUCACAGCCACAACAUGCGUAACACAAAUGACAAAUUUGAUUGCCCCUGAUUAUGGUUUUUUUUCUUAGUUGAAUUUGAUUAUGACAACACAAAACCUCUAACCACCUCUAUGGCUCCAGGUACAGUCAUCUAAAGCUACUUUGCGGCCAAUUAAUUGAAUCUACUGCACAGCACGUUUUUUUACCAGUAUCUUUUUCUCCCUAAAAUGAGUGAUGGGAUGUCGAGUAUGAGGAUCAAACCCUUUAGUUUUCACAUUGAUUUCAGACAUUUAUUACAUAUUUACUCUGCACAAAAAGUACUAUAGCCUAAAACUUAAAAAAAUUGAAAGCGCUUAAAAAUUAUUUCAGAACAUUACAGUCAAAAAGCUGUCUGACUCUUCAAAUUGUAAUAUUGUUUGACAGAAUUGGACAGAGAAAGUAAUAUGUCAUUGGCAUGUUGAUAUUUUCCAGAUUUACUUUGCAUAAUUCUUUGAAAAUCAACUAUUAUCUUUGAAUUCACUGGUACAUACCUUUUCAUAGUUCAUGAGUUGGCACAAGGUCAAGGACCUAGCUGCAGAGCUGUUAUAAAGCUUCUCGAUGUUCGCGUCCGAGCGAUCGAAUUUAUAAAUCAUGGAGCCAAACUUGCAGUUGGAUAUGAAAAUGUUAAGGUUGCAGUGCUUGAUAUGACUUCAUUAUCAGUUUUGUUCUUGACAGAUUCCGUAUCUGUUGGUAGCUCUCCACUGGUCUCAGUGAUUGCAAAGAGAUUUAUGCAUAGUGAUGGUCAUAGCAAAAGCCCAAAACAAUCAGAGCUUCCAGAAAAUCAUAUGGAGGAACUCAUGUUCGUUUUAACUGAGGAUGCAAAGAUCUAUGUAAUUGAUGGUGGUAGUGGUAAAACGUCCAGUUUAGAGCCCCUGCAUUUAAAGAAAGUGUCAACAGCAAUUUCUAUGUAUGUCAUAGAAAACAACACCCCAUUUUCUGGUAUAAUAAGUAAGAAGCCACAGUCCAGCAAGGAUGAUGCAAAUAGUAAUGAGCCUUCACAGGACAUGACCACUAGUGAUCAAUGUGAUACGGCUCCCUUUCUACAAAAUGACCCCUCCAGGAAACACUUUGAGGAGUCCUUUGUUCUACUUUGCUGUAAAGAUGCAAUACGCACUUAUGCUACAAAAUCUGUGGUUCAUGGGAACAAUAAAUCUGUGUGCAAAGUGAAGCUCGACAAACCUUGUUGCUGGACAACUACUUUUAUGAAAGAUGGGAAAGUUUGUGGGCUACUAUUACUCUUUCAGAAUGGAGAUAUCGAGAUUAGAUCUUUGCCUGAUCUAGAGUUGGUGGAGCAGACCUCCUUAAUGUCAGUUUUAAGGUGGAAUUUCAAGCUAAAUAUGGACAGGGCGAUGAGUUCCAUGGAGAAUGGCCAUGUUACCUUGGCAAAUGGUUCUGAACUGGCUUUCGUGUCCCUAUUAGCUAGUGAAAAUGAUUUCAGAAUUCCAGAAUCUUUGCCGUUUCUUCAUGAUGAAGUGCUCGCAGCUGCAGCAGAUGCUGCCAUCAAAUUCUCCACUCAGAAGAAGAAACAGGGUAGUGGGCCAAACAUUAUUGGUACUCGUUAAAGGAUUUAAAGUGGGAAAAACGAACCAUAAUAUGGAUCUCAGUGAGAUGUCUAAGUCAAACUUUAGUCAUCUGGAAGGUAUCUUUAUGAAGAACCCACU